UUGUCUUCAUGUGGAAUGGAAGCAACAGAAGCACACACAUUUUCAACCCUGACAAAUCUGAGGACCUUAGAACUAUGGAAGAACAAGUUGAGGAGUGUUCCUAGUAAGCUUCCCUCCAAUGUGGAAGUGUUGAAACUGGGUAAUAAUCAGAUUCAGGCAUUAUGUGAGACUGACUUUGAAGGUUUGACAAAACUGAAAAUCCUUGACCUGCAAAAUAAUAAGAUCUCCAAAAUACAUUCUCGUGUUUUAUCAUCCGCUCUUAAACUGGAAAGUCUUGUUUUGGACAGUAAUAAUCUUGAGCUAUUAUCAGGACCAUUAAAACUUCCUUAUCUGAAACGUUUAAGCAUGCAAAAUAACAGGCUGUCUUCCCUACCUUCAAAUUUUUUCAGUUUUUUACCAUCCCUGCGCUUUCUCAGUUUAUCAGGAAAUAUGUUUUGCAAAAUCCCACAAAAAAUGCCAACUUUAUUGUGGUCCUUAAAGAUGGACAAAAAUCUGAUCAAUGAAUUACAGAUACAAGACUUAAAAUAUCUCAGUUAUCUCUUUGAACUCUCCCUUUCUGAAAAUCAACUUACAACGGCAAAUGAUGCACUGGCUUUGACAAACUUAUCCAUAGUGGAUCUGUCUAAAAACCAACUAAAAGCAGUUCCUUCUAAACUGCCAGCACAACUGCAAAUGUUGGAUUGCAGUCACAACUUCAUACAAAAAAUUUCACUGCAAGAAUUCUCCGGAUUGUGUGAACUGAAACAUUUGUUUCUGGAGUACAACAACAUUAUGGUUAUCGGCAUAGAUGCACAGAAGCACUGUUUGCAACUUUCAGACCUUGCACUGGAGCAAAACCAAUUGUCAUCCUUCCCAAAAGGGCUUCCUGAUACUCUUGUGAGGCUAGAUCUGAAGGGAAACAACAUUACAGGAAUUUUCAAAGAGUCAGUUGAACAUUUGAAGCGGCUACGAGUUUUGAAUCUGCGUAAUAAUAGGUUAUCGUCUCUUACCCCUGAUGUGUUUGGAUAUUUACCUCGACUGAGACAGCUUUACCUGGAUGGUAACCCCUGGAACUGCACAUGUGACCUCAUGAAAAUCAGAGUCUUAUUGACCGCAAGGCAACUGGAGAUCAAAAGUGGCUACUGUAUAACUCCAGACUAUUAUCAAGGUGAGACCUGGCUAUCUUCCACCAAGAUUCUGAACAGCUGCGGAUAUAAUACUCUGCAUGGUACAAAAGGAAAGGCAUUUCACGAAAUUGCCACAAAGAAAGCACAAGGAGACGAUAGCUCAAAUCUUAAUGGUCCAGCUGACAAUGAAGAUUAUUAUGACUAUGAUGCAGACUGAAAAUAACCAGCAUGACUUUAAAAAUUCUGUUUUUGUGAUGUAAUCAAUGUUCCAUUGGAACCUGAA